AAUGAACGCAUACCUCGUCGGGUCACUGAAUCACGCCUUCGCAUCUCGUUUCCUCAACUGAAUUCGCCCCCUGCCUGGCUCUAUUUCCAUCACUAGCCCAGAAACAGUUGCGCGCAACCAAUGUCAUGGCUUCCGCUUCCGUUGUGGAAAAUCUCCGCCUCGAAGCCCUCCGUCUCGUCGACCUCCGUCUCCUCUCCCAACCGGAGCUCUACUCCCUCUCCCUCUGCUCCUCAUCCUCCUCUUACACCUCCUUCUCCAACGACAACGACGACGUUUUGAUCCCCAAAAUUGACCGCUCCGUCUUCAACGAAUCCGCUGGUAGCCGGAAGCAGACUUACUCUCGUCUCCGCCUCGCCCCUCGUAAGCCCCAUUCCUCCUCUACCUCUGCCCCGACCCGUUCCUCCUCAUCCUCCUUUUCCAUUCCCCGCCAAAUCCCCGAACCCCUUGACGAAGAAAACUCCCAAAUCAUUUCCAUUCUUAAACAACUGUUCGCCGCAGAAACUCCCUCCACCGCCGACGCGGAUAACCUUGUUUCUGUCCCCGUAGAAUUUGAAGAGUUCUUGCCUGAUUUAUCGUGUGCGGGCUUGCAAAAUGUCCCGGUUCAGGUUCUUUCUGGUGAUAGUGGACAGGAGAAGCGGAAGCGGGGGCGGCCGCGGAAGGAUGAGAAUCGGAUGAUUGAGCGAAAGGUGGCACUGGAACGCAAAGCGGAGCCGAAUUUUCCCGUCGAUGCGUCUGCCACUGAGGGGGAAAAUAAGCGAAAGCGAGGGCGACCGCGUAAGACAUUGAAUCCAAAGAUCGAGAGCGAUCAGUCCGAGAGAAAUAUGGCUCUGCUGCGUGAGAAUGUCGAAGAGAAGGAGGACGAGAUGGUGAUGGCGAGCAAAAAAGUGGAUGUGGCGGACGUGGCUGGGUUAGGUAAUGUGGAGGACCCGUAUGGCGAGGAGCUGAAGAGGAGGACGGAGGGUUUGCAGACCGAGGCGGAGUUGUUAGGGUUUUUGAGUGGGUUGAGUGGUGAGUGGUGGAAAAAGAGCAGGAAAAAGAGGAUUGUGCUGGCUAGCGAUUUCGGCCACGCGUUGCCCAAGGGGUGGAGGCUCAUGCUUUCUAUCAAAAAGAGGGCCAGCCGUGUAUGGUUGCAUUGCCGCCGAUACAUAAGCCCUAAUGGACGGCAGUUUGUGUCGUGCAAGGAAGUCUCUUCAUACUUUCUCUCAUCUUCUGGACUCCAAGAUGCAAGUCAACCAAUAUCUGACCAUACUGAUGACAAUUACCUGGUGGCCAGGGAAGCUGAUCAUGCAGAUGAUGUUGAUAUUAACCUUGAAGAUGGAAAGAAUGCUGAUGACCUAAUUAUCUCACCACCACCCAUGACUUCUAUAUUAACUGAUAAUGAGGAGCAUGACACCAUAAAGAUGGGGGAGCCAAGGAUUCAAACAGGGGAACUUUUCAAAUGCCACAAAUGCACCAUGACAUUUGAUGAGAAAAAUGAUUUGGUGCACCAUCUGGUAUCAUCUCACAGCGAUACUGCAAAUAGGUGUAAAUCCAGUACAUCUAUAAGUGAUAAUUUAAUAAUUAUAGGUGAAAAAUAUGAAUGCCAGUUCUGUCAUAAAAUAUUUGGCGAGAGGCAUCUUUACAAUGGCCAUAUUGGCAUCCAUAUGGGGAACUAUGAGAAGAGUGUCGAGGGUUCGGGAAUUAUCAUGCAGAAGAGCACUGAUCCUACUCCAACUGGAGUUCUGCCAUCGACCUCAAUGGUGCAUGAAUUGAGGGGAAUUGACUGGGCAGAAACUUCCAUUAUCAAAUCCGGUUUUGGUUGUAAGGCUGUAAAAGCAGAUAUUGCCGUUGAGGCUUGCAGUGACAGAGAUGACCAAGCAUUAAUUGAGGAACAUAGUGAAAAUCCGGAUAAAGUUUUCAGUAUGAAUAAUGAUAAAUUGGGAAAGGUAGAUGUGGUUACCAUUGUUGCUAAUAGAUGUAAUGCUGGUUUGGAAAAUGAAACAGUUUCUACUAACGAGAAUAAAAGUGUUUGUGUAUCUUUUGAUAAAACAAAUGUCUUCAAUUGCAUUCCCUGUGGAAUUAAUAACUGUGUUGCAGACAAUAAAGGUUCUGAAAGCUGGUCACUUGCUUCUCCCGUAAAUGAGAGAACUUUUGUUGUUGAAAACAAUGUUAUUAAGGUAUCUUUCCCAUCAGUGGAGGAGCAAAAGCUGGAGAUAGGCUCUGAAAGUGGUUUGAAUCAUAAGAAUAAAACAUGUAGUGGUGAAGAUAUCGAGUAUAAAUGUUUUGCAAGCACAGUGGAAGAUAUGAAAGUUGAUGAUGGUUGUAAAUCUGAGAAUAGUGACUUAGUGUCUAGUUUUGGCAAUCAUGACGUUGGACUCGAGGAUGUUUGUGCUACUGUUGAUAUCUCUGGGAAUACUAUAAUUACAGUUGGUUUUGGGAGCAAUCAUGCUUCACAAAAUGACAAGGCUGUGACCAGCACUAAGCAAGAAGGGAGUUCAGGAAGCUGUUUAGUUGCUUCAUCUUGGAAUCACCAAUAUAUUGUUGAAAAUAAUGCAAAUAAGAGUUCCUGCUGCACAGUGGAGGCAGAGGCACCCUUUCAGGGAAAAUCGUUUCAUCACCAUGAAUUUGCCCCAUCUCUUAAUGAGCAUGGAUCUCAUUUUAACAAUAGGAUGACUGAGGUUCCUACUGGUGCAGUGGAGGAGCUUAAGCCUGAUGAAGUCAGAAACUGUAAGAUUGGUGAAUUAAAAUUUGCUUUUGACUGUAAUGAAACUGAAGUUGAUGUACAUACUACCGCUUGCAGUGGGCAGGAAAGAUGUUUUAAAGGCUCUUUACUUGUUUCAUCUGCAGAUGAGCAUAGAUAUGUUUUUAAAAAUAAUAUCUGCAGUAGCACAAUGGAGGAGCUCAAACAGGACAUGGGUUUGUCUGAAAGUGGCUUACAUAGCCAGUUUGGCCAUGAACAGAACCAUGAUAAAAUAAAUAAUGUGAAUAAGGUUUCAUGUAGCUCAAUAGAGGAGGCCGAGCAUAAGAAGGUUAAGAGCUCUUGGAACACUAAGGCAUUCCUUGCUUUUGGCACCCGGGCAGGAACGGAUACAGAUGUGAGAAGCACUAUGUGGGGACAAAGUUCUGAAGGAUCUUCCCUUGUUCUUUCUGGGGACAAACAGACAUUUUCCUCUGAUAAUAAGGUGACUAGUGUUUGUAGCAGCACAGUGGGGGAGCAUGAAAGAUGUUCUGAAAAUCUUAGGGAUGGUGGGUCAAUGAUUGAUCUUGGAAAUCAGUCGCAAUCAAAUGAGGAUAUCAUGGCAGAACUUUUGUGGAGAACCGCAGAGCAAAAUGUCGGGCAGAAUGGUGUAGCCAAUAUUUCAUCUCCACUUGUGCAAUCGUCAGGAUGUUUUCCAAAUUUAAUGUCAAGCAAGGCAAGCUCUCAUCCAGAGGAAGCGAGGGUUUUGUCAUAUGAUGCAGAGAUGGAUCAAGGGUUUAAUUCCUCUUAUUGGCUUAAAAAGGAAGCUUUGCCUUCAUUGCCAAAGGUAGCGAAUGGGCAUCCGGUCAGGACUAUGUGUGUCUGGUGUGCGGAAGAGUUUUAUCUCGAAUCUGUCAACUCUAGGAUGCAAUCAGGUUCGGUGGGUUUUAUGUGUGCAGCCUGCAAUGCUAAAUUCUCUGGGCAAUUCAAUGUACUGUAGUUUUCAACUGACCCCAGUAAUUUGCUUCUCGCAUAGCCACCUUCCUAUCAUGAACUAGCGAUGAGCUAUUUUGCAGGUAAUGUUGGAGACCGGUUGGAAGACAAUGAUGGUUUGUUGAUGAUUUGUCAGUUUACGCAUGGAGGUCCUAUCCAAGAGCCUGAUUUUGCAACUCUGGUAUGGUGCUCUUUUGUUUCUUGCUGGCGAUCGCUUAGCUGGGAAUUCAUUUUCAAUUUUCCCGUUGUGUCAAAAUGAUUGUUAUUAGAAUACUGACAACAGAUUUAUGGGGUUCCUUUAUUUCGAGGACCCACUAUCUUUACACCCUCACAAGAUAAAAAUAGAUUGCCAACAACUGUAUGGUGAGUUGUAUUGUGGACCGAUCUGAGGAAAAGUUCUUGGAUACUUUUUUGUUCUUAACUUGACCUCUCCAAGUCAUCUA